AUGGUGGGGAAGAAGAAAAAGGCGGCCAACCGCGCGAAGGCGGAGGCGGGCACGGCAACGAAGGCUUCACGCCGUGGAGGCAACAAGCAAGAGCGUCGAGCUCAAAAGCUUGAGAAGAGAAAGCAAGAGAAAAAGAACAUGACAGCGGAGAUGUGGGCAGCGCCCGCGCCCACGCAUCUCGUGGCAAAGCUGGAUCUGCCGAAGGUCCAGUCCAAGUAUCAGUCUUAUUUCGAGUUCGCAGACAACCCAGAAAAGAAGCAGAAGAAGUUGGAAUUACAGGUCACCAACCAAUCUCUCGACAAAUACCCCGGAUAUGCAUUCGUUGCUGUAGGAGAUCCCAUUUUGACCAACGCUUGCAAAGAGCUUUCUCGGGACCAAGGUGCAAUGAUUUUUAUUGUUUCGUCGCAUAUGCAAAAAGAAGACAACACCAAGAUAUCGGAACAUGUCCAUCGAACAGGUUACUAUUUUCGAGAGUCUAUCGUUGAACAAGCCCGGGAAAUUGUUGGCGAGACUGUCAUCUCGAAGCCAACAAUUUUACCAAACACAGUGGAACCCAUACCCGAAUCACAAGAAGAGAUCAACAAGCAAGCUGAUGGGGCGAUACGAGAUCUUUUCCCCAGGAUACCAAAUCCCGACCGAGUCAUGAUCAUUGAACAUGCGUUCAAGAAGGGUGCUGUUUUCCAUGGUGAGCCAACAGUCGGUUUGCAACCCGGCAUUCCCUUGUCACGCCGAGUACAGCUCGCAGUCCUUGCCCAUAUCAGACAUACUCACACAAGAUAUGACAAACUCCUCAGGGAGACAACCUGGAUGAAUGCUCGAAAGGCAGUCGAGCCUGUGUGCUUGGACGUCCUCAUCAAGUGGCGUGGGGACGAAGAGACCGGACGAGAUCAGAUGGACGAGAUACUUCGUGAGGUUGUGAUAAUAACCGACUCGGAAAACGAAGACGAUAGUUCAGAAGAAGAUAGCUCAGAUGAGGAAGGUGAAGUCACCUCCUCCAGCUCCACCGAACCACCAUCCCAGCCCAACUCCAGGAACCAACAAAGACCCCAGAUGACAUCGGCUAUACCAAGUUCAAAAAUUACAGGUCUGGCGAACCGAACUAACCAAUCUGCGAUUUCUUCCCGCACCAGAGCCAAGGAUCCUAGAGACAAGAAAGAGCAACGUGGUUUCAAACGUUACCAGGCUGCCUGGCAGGAUGCCAUCAAUAGGCGACAGGCUCCUCGUUCCCAUACUGGAACCCCGUACCAAGAACCAGAAAUUGACCGACCGCGGUCAGUAGUAGCAACGCAAGUCCCUGGUUCUCGUUAUGUACCAAGCGAAUCAUCACGACUGGAGUCGACAUAUACGCGGUAUAGGCCUUCUGGAACACUGAGAAGUGAGGUAAAUGUUCCCCAUUCUGAGCAUGCUGUGUACUACCAGGAUGUGCCACAUCAACAACACCAAGGACGCUCUCCAGCUCCACCAUUCCAAGCUGUCCCGAAGCACUACGGGACUACUGGCUCCCAAUACCCGGCUAUGGGAGGUCAACCGCCACAAGUAGUGAGACGGUCCCCAGUAAAACAUGGUCUUCAAGACUAUCUUGUGCCUUCCAUUGAGACAGCUUCUAGCGAUGUCUCGUCUCCUCGUAUACAUGAGUGGAACAGGCCUCGUGGCCAUGAUAUCAACCACCCACCAGCGGCUGGACCCCGAACUCAUACACCUGCGCCUCACCAUGUGAUUGUCAUCGACGAUGACAGUCCUCAGGUAAAGCGGCGCCGUGUAGUUCGUGAGGAUGAGUCUGGCCAAUUUAGGCCUCUUCCGUCUCGUGACCCUCCUUUUCAUGUCCCAGCUUCACAUUCUGAUUCAUUGACAUUGAGAUCUUCGUCUGUUCAACCCGGAGUUCGCGUUUCCACUCCUAUCGCUCGACACUCAAGAGCACCGAUUCAAUCCACUCAAGGUUUGUUAAGGGACACAGAAGCCUUCUAUACAGAUCCUCUUACUGGAGAACGGCUUCCUAUAUACGACGCUCCAGAACCUGGGUUUUUGCCAAAGUAUCCUAAUUCAUUGAAAAGAGGUGAAGGUGGAUUCAUUACGGUUCAACGGGAAGACGAUUAUGACAUGCGACCCACGGGUCAUCCACAAGCUCAUGAUGAUCUCUAUCACCGUCGGCCGACCAAUAUACAGAAGGGCAGUGAGAUUUCUGAUUCAUAUGCCUCUCGUAGCAAUGCUCGGCAUCCUGAGUCUGUUCACUAUUAUGAGCAACAAAUGAGGCACGCCUCACCGGCAGUCUCUGCGUCUCAUCAACCAUCUCGUUCUAUUGACAUGAGCUCAGGUUCUGGUGGACCAGAUCAGAAUUUCAUACAAAGUUUUUCUCAGUCUCGCCUUGAUGGCCCCUCAUAUUCAAGAGAUGGUUACAGUAUUGUUCCUGCAAGAUCUCAACAGAGUGUUGCUGCUCAUAGCAAUCUCCCCUAUCAUCAGGGACAUCAAGCUGGGUCAUAUUUACCAACCGCUUCAAGUCGAGCAAGGUCUCCAAUCAGAUAUGUGGAGAGACCUCCGCAAGUCCAGGAGCCAUCACAACAACCGCAUUACUAUGAUCGCGAUCAUCCGGCUCGUCAAGGUCGUCACACCUACUGCGAACCACCAGCCCCUGUAUCAGAACGACAACCGGCUUCUUUUGAGGAAGUGCCAGUGUAUGUUAGGACGCUACCUCCCGCGAAUAAGCGUUCGGUGAUUUACCUCGAGUAA